AUGAACCUCCAGUAUUCCUUCCGUGUUGCCCAUAACACCAUAUCAUUGUUCAUCCCAGAGGUGUGCCAGACCAUCAUUGACGAGUAUGAAGACGAAGUGUUUGCUUUUCCAACUAACCAAGAUGAGUGGCGAGAAAUGGCACAGAAAUAUGGUGAAAGAUGGAAUUUUCACCACACAUGCGGAGCCGUGGACGGAAAACAUGUUGCCAUAAGAAACCCACGUCGGUCUGGUACCUUCUACUACAACUACAAAGGGUUUUUCAGCAUUAUCCUCCUGGCCUUGGUCGACGCCGAGUACAAGUUUCUCUGUGCCGACGUUGGUACUCAAGGCUCCUUAUCAGACGCCCAGAUCUUCAACAAUGGCCCACUGAGAAAUGGACUGGAAAAUGACACUCUACGCCAUCCAGAUCCAGAGCCCCUGUCACAUGAUGACAGACCCAUUCCGUACUUCUUAGUAGGAGACGACGCAUUUCCCCUCAGGUCCUGGAUGAUGAAGUCCUACUCCAACCGCAACAUGACUAACGAAGAAAGGAUCUUUAACUAUCGUCUGUCAAGGGCUCGUCGUGUGGUGGAGAACACCUUCGGCAUCCUUGCACACCGCUGGAGAUGCAUGCUGGGCACGAUGCAGCAGGAUCCAGACCGGGCUAAGAUCAUCGUCAUGGCAGCCAUAUGCCUGCACAACCUGAUGAGACUCCGCUAUCCUGGCUUGCAGAACAACGACCUGGAUCAGGAAGAUGAAGCUGGAAACCACAUCCCCGGGGCAUGGAGAAAAGACCGAGUUCUGCAAGAUGUGGAAGCAGUUGGCAGAGGUAACUUGCCAAAUCGGGAGGGCAAGAGAAUCCGAACCUACCUCAAACAUUACUACAACAGCAACGUUGGGAGCUUGCCGUGGCAGCAGAAUAUGAUAUAG